CUGUCAUUCACCACCGCUGCUGCCGCCCAACCUCUCCUCUCCAAACCCUACCCGCCGCUUGAGCUGCCCAUCGCCUCCAUCUCCGGACACGAACAAGAACAAGAAGUUAAGACCCUCGCUCCAUUAAAGACUUGCCUUUUCUCCUUCUGUUUUGUCUCCUCGUUCUAUGCACCCUCGUCUUCGGAAUUUUGCCUAUGUCAUAGAAACCCUCACUGCCGCCAAAUUUCGUCUUUCAUCUACAAUACGACGUCGUCUGAAAAACAGUGUGAUUUCUCUGUAAUUGCUCCAAAGUCAUCACUUUUCACUGACUUGAUUAAUAAUUCAUUGUUUUCAGACAAGCCCACGACCUUAAAUUCCAUAAGUUCGAGUCUUGUUAAGAACUUGAUAUGGACACUU